AGAGGCCGAGCAGAGGUUGAGCCUUCAUUUCUCGAGGCGGAGAUGGCGUCCGACUCCGGUGAAGCAGCUUCGUCCAGCGCAGAGCUCAAGCUGCAGUUCGCUCCUUUCAGCAGCGCUCUGGAGGCCGGCUUCUGGCACCAGCUCACUCAGAAGAAGCUCAACGACUACAGACUGGACGAGAGUCCAAAAUGUAUCAAAGGAUACUACUACAACGGUGAUCCUGUUGGCUUGCCCACCCGCUUAACUCUGGAGUUCAGUGCGUUUGAUAUUGACGGUCCGACUCCGGCUCGCUGCUGUCCGGCUGUGGGAACGCUGUACAACACCAACACUCUCGACGCCUUCAAGACCACCGAUAAGAAGGCUUUGCUGGAGAAAGAAGCCAGAGAGAUCUGGGAUGCGAUCCAGUCCGGUGUAGCAUUAAAGGACCCGUCUAUCCUCUGCAGAUUCAUCCUUCUGACCUUUGCAGAUUUGAAGAAGUAUCACUUCUACUACUGGUUCUGUUUCCCAGCACUUUGUUUCCCGGAGGGGAUAAAGAUCGUCCAGCGGCCCGCCGUUUUAGAACAAGUGUUUUCAGCAAAGCAGAUCGCGGCCCUGCAGGAAGCCUAUGAUGGGCUGUGUGUCCAGAAAGGCAUCACCGCGGUUCCUUACUUCUUAAUGAAGUACUCGGCCGACGCUGUUCAGCUGGCUCCGCUCGGCGACUGGGAGACUUUUUACACGGACAUGAAGAAGGUCACUGUGGGCGUUUACGAUCCGUGCACUCUGUCGCAACAUCCCGGCUGGCCUCUGAGGAAUCUGCUGGUCCUCCUAGCUAACCAAUGGGGCUCUAAGGUGGACACAGUGGAGGUGCUGUGUUUCAGGGACCGGACGAUGCAGGGGAGCCGCUCCAUCCAGCACAGUGUCACCUUCCAGGUCAAACUGCCUGAACUCCCCAACAGCUCAGUGUGUCCGAAGAGUGUUGGCUGGGAGAAAAACCCGAAGGGAGUGAUGGGGCCCAGGAUGGUGAACCUCAGUGAAUGCAUGGAUCCCAAAAGGCUCGCGGAGUCGUCAGUGGACCUGAACCUGAAGCUGAUGAGGUGGCGGCUCGUUCCCACUCUGGAUUUAGACAAAGUGGUCAACACCAAGUGUCUCCUCCUCGGAGCGGGGACGCUCGGAUGCAACGUGGCCAGAACUCUCAUGGGCUGGGGCGUGAGGCACAUCUCAUUUGUAGACAAUGCAAAGAUCUCGUACUCCAAUCCGGUCCGACAGCCGCUCUACGAGUUCGAGGACUGCCUCGGAGGAGGGAAGUCUAAAGCCAUGGCGGCUGUGGAGCGACUCACGAAGAUCUUUCCUGGUGUGAAUGCGGAGGGCUACAACAUGAGCAUUCCCAUGCCGGGCCAUCCGGUGAAUUUCUCCCAGGCCACUCUGUCCCAGGCCCAGAGGGAUGUGGAGCAGCUGGAGAAGCUCAUCUCAGAGCACGAUGUGGUGUUUUUACUGAUGGACACCAGGGAAAGCCGCUGGCUGCCGACAGUGAUCGCUGCCAGCAAGAGGAAGCUGGUGGUGAACGCUGCUCUGGGCUUUGACACGUUUGUCGUGAUGCGUCACGGCCUGAAGAAGCCUGCCGCCAGUCAGAGCGUCUCCACGGCGGCGGACUCCUCCCCGUCCUGCUCCUCCGCCUCGUCCUCGUCCUCCACGCCGGCCGGCUCCGCGCCCAGUGUCCCGGUGUCGUCUCUCUUCUCCAACAUCCCCGGACACAAGCUGGGCUGCUACUUCUGCAACGAUGUGGUGGCGCCAGGAGACUCCACCAGAGACCGGACCCUGGACCCAUGCACCGUCAGCAGGCCGGGCCUCGCCAUGAUCGCCGGAGCCCUGGCCGUGGAGAUGAUGGUGUCCAUCCUGCAGCACAGCGAAGGAGGCUACGCGGUGGCCAGCAGCAGCGACGACAGGAUGAACGAACCCCCCACCUCUCUGGGUCUUGUGCCACAUCAGAUCCGAGGCUUUCUCUCCAGGUUCGACAACGUCCUACCCGCCAGCCUGGCCUUUGACAAAUGCACCGCCUGCUCUCCCAUCGUGAGUGGCCACAAAACUCAGCCCUGAAAACUCCAAAUUAUGUGUU